CCCCUUUCAUCAUAAAUGAUUCGUCCAGGAGGAAUUUUUCUGUGUCUGAUCGUGGUCUUGGAUAUUGCAGCUGGAAUUCUUGGUAUUGAGGCUGAGAUUGCACAAAAUAAGGUAAAGCACGUGAGAUUGUGGAUAUUUGAAUGUAGGAACCCAAGUCACCAAGCUUUCAUGCUGGGUUUGGGUGCAGCACUGCUUUUGGGGUUAGCUCAUGUGAUAGUCAAUUUGAUUAAUGGCUGUAACUGUGUCUGUUCUCAAGGUGAGCUUCAAAAGGCUCCCCCAAAUAGGCAGCUCUCUGUAGCUUCCCUCAUUUUAACCUGGGUGGUCUUAGCCGUUGGAUUGUCGAUGCUGGUGAUAGGGACGAUGUCAAACAACAAGCGAGACGGGUCGUGUGGGUUGUCGCAUCAUCACUUUCUGUCCAUUGGUGGGAUUUUGUGUUUUGUUCAUGCCUUCCUAUCUGUUGCUUAUUACAUUUCUGCCACUGCCUCUUUUGCUUAGUCACUUAAACUUCAGUUAUCACAUCUGCAUCCUGUAGGCCACCCUCACUUCAGCUUAUGUGUCAUUCUCUAUUGUGCUGCUAGUGCCCUCCGAAAACAAAAAUGUUUCUUUUUCUUCAGAAGAUGAUCACACUUUUUCCCCAUGUCAUAUUAUUGGUUGAUUUUUUCCCCUCUUUCCUUCAGUGUUAAGAUAUGAAACUUGCCAGUGGCUAUCUCAUUUUUAGAUCC